UGUAUUCCUUGCCGUUAACGAGGACAGUUGAAACGCAUGUUCUGUGCACAGAAAGUAAAAGUUUCACAUUUUCGAAAUUAUACAAGGAUAUAUAGAGCGUCAGUUCCUAUAAGGUAUUGCACGAGAAUUUCCUAUUCUAAUUUCGCAGGCAAAUGAUAGAAUCUGUUGGAAAGCGAGAGUCUCCAUUUUACAUGAUCUAUUUUUGUCAUUUUUUCCCGGCGUGGAUUUUUUAAGUUGCUUCAGCAAGAGAGAACAGUUGACUUGCCAAUGCACGGACUGGGUCUGCGUCUUAUGGAAGUUUUGGGUUGCAGAUCUGAAGAAGGCGCUUGCAGCUUCCUCCCGUCUGCCGCUGCGAUGCUUUUCCACGGCCUCCCUGGAGGCGAGAUGCACGGCGUUAUAGACGAGAUGGACCGGAGAGGAAAGAACGAUUCAGCGGGCAUCAGCUCGGCCAUAGAUAUGGGGGAAACCGAAACGAACAUGCCCUCCAUGAGCAAUGAUCGAGUGGCCCUGUGUGCGGGCUGUGGGGGAAAGAUCUCGGACCGCUACUAUCUGCUGGCCGUGGACAAGCAGUGGCACAUGCGCUGCCUGAAGUGCUGCGAGUGUAAACUCAACCUGGAGUCGGAGCUCACCUGCUUCAGCAAAGACGGCAGCAUUUACUGCAAGGAGGAUUAUUACAGGAGAUUCUCGGUGCAGAGGUGUGCCAGGUGCCAUCUUGGGAUUUCGGCCUCGGAGAUGGUAAUGAGAGCGAGGGAUUUGGUCUACCACUUGAACUGCUUCACCUGCACGACCUGUAACAAGAUGCUGACGACCGGGGACCACUUCGGCAUGAAGGACAGCUUGGUGUACUGCCGGCUACACUUCGAAUCGCUCAUACAGGGGGAAUAUCAAGCGCAUUUCAAUCACACGGAUGUAGCUUCGAAAAGCGGAGGACUGGGAACAGCCAACUCACUGGGACUGUCGUACUAUAACGGCGUGGGCACUGUGCAGAAGGGGCGACCGAGGAAACGAAAAAGUCCCGGACCAGGAGCGGAUUUGGCGGCUUACAAUGCAGCCCUGAGCUGCAAUGAAAACGACGGGGACCUGCUGGACCGGGACUCCCAGUACAGCUCCAGCCAGAAGACCAAACGCAUGAGGACGUCCUUCAAGCACCACCAGCUGCGCACCAUGAAGUCCUACUUUGCCAUCAACCACAACCCCGACGCCAAGGACCUGAAACAGCUGGCGCAGAAGACGGGCCUGACCAAGCGCGUGCUGCAGGUCUGGUUCCAGAACGCCCGUGCAAAAUUCCGGAGGAACCUUCUUCGGCAGGAAAGCUCGGGGGUGGACAAGGUGUCGGACGGGUCGGCCCUGCAGGGGGGCACCCCGUCGGGACCCGCCUCAGAGAUCUCCAAUGCCUCCAUGAGUCCCUCCAGCACCCCCACCACCCUGACGGAUCUCACCAACCCCACCAUGCCCACCGUCACCCCCGUGCUGACCGCCGGGCCCCUGGACGUGCACGAGUGCCGCAGUCCCUCACAGACCACCCUCACCAGCCUCUUCUGA